AUUUUCUCGUGCGUCUGGCGGGAAAGAGAUAUUGAGAGGAAGUGGGCAGUGGGAGGAUUUCGAGGUUUUUGGUGAGAACAUGUGCAUAUACAGAUGAAUAAAUGGACAGAAAUAUGGAUUCUCCACCAAAUAAACUUCCCCUAUGGAUGAUAGAACCAAACAGAGUAGAUUCUGUGGGUGACAAAAAGGAGAAGAAUCCAUUCCAACUGAGUGUCCUGGAAGAUAGCCUUCCAUUCUUAGAAUACAACGGCUCUAUCAUCUACAGCUAUAAUGCUAAUGAUUGUUCCUUGCUCUCGGAAGAUAUUCUCAUUACCUUGCCUGUUGGAGCUGUGUUAGGAUUUGACAUUGAAUGGCCAGCCAUCUAUGCUAAAGGGAAGGAAGGAAAAGUUGCCUUAAUCCAGCUGUGCGAGUCUGAAACCAAAUGUUACCUAUUUCACAUCUCUUCCAUGUCAAGUUUUCCUGUGGGACUGAAAAGAUUGCUUGAAGAUAACACUAUUAAAAAAGCUGGGGUUGGUAUCGAAGGGGAUAAAUGGAAGCUGAUGCGGGAUUUUGAAAUCAAACUGGAGAAUCUUGUGGACUUGGCUGAUCUUGCCAAUGAAAAGCUAAAAUGUAAGGAGAUAUGGAGUUUAAAUGGCCUUGUCAAACACCUGUUCCACAAACAGCUUGUGAAAGACCGCUUGGUCCGCUGUAGUAACUGGGAAUGCUUUCCAUUAACUGAGGAGCAAAAGCUGUACGCUGCUACAGAUGCAUAUGCGGGCUUCCUUAUUUACCAAAACCUAAUUAAUCUGAGUAGUGAUAAGCAGAUGCAGAUUUGUUUAAAAACAGAUGGAAUGUUGCUGCCAAGUGAAAUUAAAAAAGAAUUAACAUCUUUGUCCAAGGAGAUGCUAGAUUUGGCUGAUUGCCUUCCUGCCACUUUUGGCCAAUCUACAUAUAUUCAAAGUGCAACAGAAAUAUUGGCUGAUAUUUCAGAAAACAUUAAAGCUGUAAGGAGCAUAUUGCUUAUCAAAUCUAAUUGCCAAAUGGAGCUGGAAAAAGGUGCCAAUCUAGGGAUAAUGUGUAGUAAAGAAGAAAAAGCUGAAGUAUCUAAAUUGACUUCCAAGAUCAUUUGUAAGUCAAAUCAUUAUGUUGAUCAUAAAACAGCUGGUGUUCAAAACCCCCACAUAAAAGAUGAAAAAGAACCUAGUAAGAAAGAACACACUUCAAACACAAUCUUUAAAGAAUCUACAGAGAAAGAAUUCUUAAUGUCUUUAGACAUAACUGAAUAUGAACUUCAGAUGAUGGAACGUCAGGCUGAGGAAGAAAUGCUGCAUGAGGUGACUAGUACAUCUGGGGAUUUAAGUUUCAUAGAGGAUGAAGAGAAUCAUCCUGGUACCAUGGAAAAUGAUGAUGAAUUUGAAAUGGAGAUGCUUAAG